AUGGAGUUUUACUUCCAGCUUCUUCUUUUCCUCUUCCACACGGCCUUGGCUCUUGCCGCAGCAACAAACACAGCUGCUCUCAACGCCUGCCUCGCUGGAAAAGCCGUUCCCCUUGUCCAGCGUAACUCAGCCCAAUGGACCCAGGAAGCCAGGCCGUAUAAUCUCCGUCUGGCGUAUAACCCUGCCGCAAUUGCAUUUCCCACUACCGUCGACCACAUCCAAAAUGCUGUCAAGUGCGGUAGCCAGCUUGGCGUUCGUGUCAGCGCAAAGGGUGGUGGUCACAGCUAUGGCUCGUUCGGAUACGGUGGUGAGGAUGGGCACUUGGUUAUCGUCAUGGAUGCCAUGGAUAAGGUUACACUGAACAAAGACAUGAGUUGCAAUGUACAGGCUGGUGCUAGAUUGGGGCAUGUAGCUUCGGAGUUGUACAAGCUCAAUCGGAGAGCUCUCCCUCACGGAACGUGUCCUGGUGUCGGUAUCGCUGGCCAUGCCCUCCACGGAGGCUACGGCAUGGCAUCACGAACCUACGGCCUCACCCUCGACACCUUCAUCGGCGCAACCAUCAUUCUUGCCAACGGCACAAAGCGAUACUCAGCAGACUGGGAGAUGCGUGACUUGAACUGGGCUCUCCGCGGCGCAGGCUCCUCCUUUGGCAUCGUUGCCGAGCUUGACUUCCAGACCUUUCAAGCACCUAGCACAGUCACACCGUUCAGCAUUGACCUCGACUGGAGCGAGGCUGACGCAGUCGAAGGAUUGGUCGCUUUGCAGGAGUUUGCAGUGAAAGCCCCCAAAGAACUCAACAUGCAGAUCUACAUGGCACCGUCAGGUCAGACCAUCCAGGGUGUUUACUAUGGUACCAGGGCGGGUUUGGAUGCAGCGUUGCGGCCUCUUUUGGGAAACCUGGGCGUUCGUAUCUCAAAGGCGAGCACUGGAGGCUGGAUCGAGAGUUUGCAAGUGUAUACCAAUGGGCAACCACUUGAUCAGAGACGUCCUUACGACCAGCACACCACCUUCUACAGCACCAGUCUCAUGACGAAAGCCCUGAAAAGAUCGCAAGUCAAAUCUCUUGUUGGCGCCCUCUUUAGCAACAUCAGGGAUGCCGACGCGCGACACACAUGGUAUCUCUUAAUCGACCUCUUCGGCGGCCCCAACUCAGCCAUCGCAAACAACACUUCGAUCAACAGUGCAUUCCCGCAUCGCGACAAGCUCCUACUGUACCAGUUCUCCGACCGCGGAAACUACGCCCAGUACGCUAAGAACGGGUUCGCUCUCCUCAAGGGCUUCCGUGAGAGUGUUACAAAGUCCAUGGCCGAUGGAGAAUGGGGCAUGUAUGCUAAUUACCUGGAUACGCAGUUGGGCAAUGAGGAGGCGACUAAGCUCUACUACGCAAGUAAUCUGGGGCGACUGAGGAAGCUCAAGGCUGAGUAUGAUCCCAAGGACAUGUUCUGGAAUCCGCAGGGUAUUCGUCCGGCAAAGUAG